AUACAAAAUUCCCAUCGCGCAAGCCCGAUAAACGAAAAUCCAGCUGAGUGUUGAGUUUUUGAAAACAACGACAAGAGAGGGCCGACAAUGUUAAUACUGUAAUUACUAUCUAACGGUUUGGUUGAAUUAGUCAUAUACCAACGUUUGUGAACCCCAAACAGUUAUCCCGACGUUCCAAACCAUGGAGCCCACAGCCCCCAAAAGUAAGCUGAAAAAACUGAGUGAAGACAGUUUAACAAAACAGCCAGAAGAAGUUUUUGAUGUUCUGGAAAAACUUGGAGAAGGCUCCUAUGGCAGUGUGUUUAAAGCCAUCCAUAAGGAGUCAGGGCAAGUGGUGGCCAUCAAGCAAGUGCCUGUGGAGUCUGACCUGCAGGAAAUCAUCAAGGAGAUCUCCAUCAUGCAACAGUGUGACAGUCCCUAUGUGGUGAAGUACUAUGGCAGUUACUUUAAGAACACUGACCUGUGGAUUGUCAUGGAAUACUGUGGAGCUGGCUCCGUCUCUGACAUCAUCAGGCUGCGCAAUAAAACGCUGACCGAGGACGAGAUAGCGACCAUCCUCAAGUCCACCCUCAAGGGUUUGGAGUACCUCCACUUCAUGAGGAAGAUCCACAGAGACAUCAAGGCUGGCAACAUCCUCCUCAACACGGAGGGCCACGCCAAGCUGGCCGACUUCGGGGUGGCCGGGCAGCUAACGGACACCAUGGCCAAGAGGAACACGGUGAUCGGCACGCCCUUCUGGAUGGCCCCCGAGGUGAUCCAGGAGAUCGGCUACAACUGCGUGGCUGACAUCUGGUCCCUGGGGAUCACCUCCAUAGAGAUGGCGGAGGGCAAGCCGCCCUACGCAGACAUCCACCCCAUGAGGGCUAUCUUCAUGAUCCCCACCAACCCCCCUCCCACCUUCCGGAAGCCUGAGCUGUGGACGGACGAAUUCACCGAUUUUGUCAAGAAGUGUCUGGUGAAGAACCCCGAGCAGAGAGCCACUGCCACGCAGCUCUUACAACACCCGUUCAUCACCAACGCCAAGCCGGUGACCAUCCUGAGGGACUUGAUCUUGGAGGCCAUGGAGGUGAAGGCCAAGAAACAGCAGGAGCAGCAGAGAGAGCUGGAGGAGGAGGAGGAGAACUCCGAGGAGGAAACGGAGGUGGACUCCCACACCAUGGUGAAGUCGGGCUCCGAGGGGGCGGGCACCAUGCGCGCCACCAGCACCAUGAGUGACGGGGCCCAGACCAUGAUCGAGCACGGCAGCACCAUGCUGGAGGCGGACCUGGGCACCAUGGUCAUCAACAGCGACGACGAGGAGGAGGAUGAAGACGAAGGCUCCAUGAGGAGACACACCACACCCCAGCAGCCGCUACGCCCGUCCUUCAUGGACUACUUUGACAAGCAGGACUCAAACAAGGCCCAGGAGAGGGAGAACUACAACCACAAUCAGCCCCAGGAGCCCUACCACAUAGCCAAAAACGUUUUCCCAGACAACUGGAAGGUCCCACAGGAUGGAGACUUUGACUUUCAGUUGAAGAACCUGGACUUUGAGGAGCUGCAGCUGCGCCUGAGCGCGCUGGACCCCAUGAUGGAGCGGGAGAUCGAGGAGCUGAGGCAGCGCUACACUGCCAAGAGACAGCCCAUCCUGGACGCCAUGGACGCCAAGAAACGACGGCAGCAGAACUUCUGAGACUCGCCGGUUUCUUCUAGCGCGUUCCUGACCAUGGUGCUGACUUGUGAGAGCUGGCAAGGGGAGAAGAGGAUGAUUGCCAUCAAGUUUGUGGUUGUGCCCGAAACAAUAACAUAUUGAUGCCUUCGACGAGCCCCGUUUUGACUUCCAUUAACUUGGUUGCCAUGAUUAUAGUCCAAUAGCAUUCCUCCACUUUCUUAAUCAUGUCCGAUUAUUAAUAGCUGUAGGCCUGGGCUCUCGUCCCUAUAUUUAGUUUCUGGUCAACUGGUCACCAUGAAGUAUGUUUCACUUGAUUCCAGGGCUGUGGGUUUUUUGUCUUUAAGUCAUGUCUUCUUAGUCUUGACCCGGGAAUGUACUGGUUUGGACGUCUCCAUGAAAACAAAGCAAAGGGACAAUAUUAGUUUUGUAACAGACAUUCCACCAAACUAUAAGCAGCAGGGGUACUGUAGACGAGUCUGUGGCAGUUUGCCUCGGACUAAAUGUGACGUAAAGACGACUCAACCAAGCUUUGACAAUGUUUGGUAAAAGCUGUGGAGGUUUGUCCACAACCAAAGACUAUCGUGAAGAGAAUGCCUUAAAGGGAGGAGUAUUAAAGUAAUGGACGUAUGUAUGUUACCCUCGAUGAGAAAUCAUGCUGUUGAGUACUAUUGAAUGAUCCCUAUCUACAACCUAAGUAUGGGAAUUGAGGAAAGGGUUAAUGCAUGUCUUAUUUUGAUGGACCGUGAAGUUCAAUCUCGGUUAACAAUAUUAUUUUAUUUGUAUACUUUUCUAUCAUCUUCAGUUGGCUGUUUCACAAAAUUCUCAUUGCUCUGGCUUUAUUCUCUGUAUACUUAAGUUUGUUAUAAAACAUAAUCUGGCAUGUCAACCCAAGUAGUUUACAUGCUGAGCUUUACUAACUAACAGCUAAAUCAGCAAGAUGGAACUGGCUGUCUUCAGUUUUGUCAGUGUCGGAGGCCAUACUAAACAUGUCAUAACAGACGAUAUUGUCAAUUGAAGUCAGAGAUUGAACUAGAGACUCUUAACGGUGUUCAAAUUGCUGUCCAUUAAUCGAACGUUUCGUGUCAUACACCACAUUACCUAAAAAUCAAGAACCAAAUAUCAAUGAUUUAACUCAGUUCAUAAGCAAAUGCGGUAAUACAUUGAUACUGACAUUUGACAAUCAUUUAAUACCGUUAUGUGUUGGUUUUAAAAUGUAUAGAAUGUUCUGAAUGUAAAGGUUAAUUAGAGACUGUGGUUGAAUUAGGCAUGGUGGUGUAGGACAACUCAGUUCACUUCUUGGAGUAAACCUUGGUGAGCUUCUAGACAGAUCCCACUUCAAAAAGGAUUUGAGUUGCAGUUUGGUUAUGUGUAUUUAAAAUGUUAUGUUGCUUUGUUUUUUUUAUUUUUGGUAAUGACACUUUUCUGACAAUUGUCAGAAAUCUAUUUUUAAAUACACAUCUUAUCAGUCAAACUUGUCAAGCCGUAGUGGCAUUGUUCCAUUUAAAGUCUAACAAGUAACUAUUAACAUAAAAGUAGGUGAUAUUCUGCUGUAACAGUUUGUUGCAUUUAUCCUCAUAUAUUUACACAAUUCAGGCAACAUAUAAGGACUGAGUUGAAUGGACUAAGUAAAUGUUAUGUUUGGAAUGUGUAGGAAAUAAAAUAACUUGAACAUAUA